AAAAAUAUUCGUCUCUUCUAAGAAUGUGUUAAGGGUUUUCGAGUGAACUUCUUUGCAAGCUGCGACAAUGGGAGACACCGCCUUGGAGAAGACCGCCCAAGAGCUACGGCACGAGAUCGAUGAGCUUCGCCGUCAGCAGCGCGAGAUUACGGAGAGGCUUCGCGAUCCUCGUGGAAUCCGACGAGGAGGAGGACACCCAGGCGCUGGUCCUCGCAACCAAGCCCGUAGAGGCUUUCUUCGACCUGCGGAGAGGAAUGACGUAGAGGAUGAGCCUCCUGCUAAAAGGAGAUUGUCUUCCGCCGUUGUUAAGGAGACUCAGGUCGAAGGUGAAGAUGUUAGUAAGGUUGCUGAUGGCAACGAAACGAAUGUUUCAGCUGGUGAAAAUGGGAACUCUGAUCGAAGUGAUAAGAAGCUAGAGCGUCAGCACCGUGGAGGUUGGUCUCAGAGGGAUGCAGGACAUAGAGGGAACAAGAAGGGUUUUGAAGAUAUGGCAUUGCCUGAGCCUGCACCAAGGAAUUUACCUAAGAAUGAGGAUCCUAAACUGGUUAAUAGGAACAGAAGAAUGCUUGGGAAUCUUCUAGGGACUUUGGAGAGGUUCAGAAAAGAAGAUAAACAGCUUUCUGGAACAGAUGCCUAUGCUCGACGGUCCGCUGCGUUACAAAAGGCUGAGCAAAAGGCUCGUGAAGAAAGUGAGCGACUGAGACUGCAAGAGCGUGAGACUCUGAGUGAAAAGAGGAGAAGAGAUCUUACACUUCGAGCCCGUGUUGCUGCUAAAGCAGAACAAAAGGAGUUGGAACUGCUAUUCCUUCGGUGGUGUGAGCAGAAGAAAAAACUUGGCAAUUUCAUAAGGACUAAAGCAGAGCCACAGAUAUACUAUGCACCAACGAGGCCUUUGGAAGAAGAUACAACUGAGGCAGAGCAACGCAAAGAGCAGACAUUCUUAGAAUGGAAAGCGGCAAGGAGACAAGAGGUGAGCGAGUAUCAAAAGGAGAUAGAAGAGCGAUAUCUGGGUAACGUGGAGAAAGAGCUGGAAAAGUGGGAAAACGCAAGGAAGGCGAGGAAAGCAAGCAACGGGGAUAUGAAUUUGCAGGAAACAAUGGACAAGGAGUUAGAGACGCAUAUAAUGGAGCACGGACCAAAGAAGAGGAAGAUACCUGGAGGAGGAGGAGAUGAAGAGGAGGAAGAAGAUGAAGUAGAGGAUAUCAACGGUGGCGAGGAUGAAAUGACAAUGGAUGAUGUACUGGAAGAGGGAGAUGGAAACGACAACAAAGAAGUGGCAACUGAUACUGCGGAAGCAGAAGCAGUGGAAGGAGAAAUUGAACAAUAAAUCGUCAAAGGUCUUAGUGUGUGUUGUUCUUGAUCCUUGUGUGUAGUACACCUGGAGUUUACGAGUUAGAAGAAGACUAUGCUGGACUAUGAUAUUGUAAAAGGGAUUUUGCCUUUGUGCUGUGAUUUUUAAUUUAUGUAUAAACUAGUUUUGGCCUUAA